CUAUGCAUUGUGUACUCCCUCCGGUGCGCGCAGCGGCUGGGACCAGCCCGGUGUGUACCGUCGGGCGGCUCACUCAACACGGUAGGCACGGCCGCCUUUAUUGGGACCCCGGCUGGAGGUGACAGUUGCAGCCAGCCGAGAUGAUGGAUGGCGGGACCCCGUUGUUAAUCGCCGAGGAAGAGAGAGGUUGGUCCUCCCAAGUCAUCUGUGACUGUGCUUGGCAGAGAGGAACUAGGACGGGGGAAAUUAGCAGGGAAAAUGAAGGAAUUGGAAAUGGAUUGAGGAAGAAACGGUACUUGACAUAUUCUGAUCAUGCCGAUUUGAAAUUGACUUCUUCAAUCUAAAUAGCUGUCUACGUUGAGUUUCUGUUACUUAACAGUGAUCAUCAAACGAUCAGUUUUAUAUCCGCAUGCCCUGAUCUGGACUUUUCUUGUAGGAAACUAGGAGACUAAAAUUACAUUUUUGGCUCACCGCAUAGGCGAGCCUGUUCCCCCAAAAAAAUCUGCUGUCUUUGCCAAUGAUUUCACGAUGCUUGAGUCGGUACUAGAAGGCACGGCCCGAGACACGGUGUCCCCCCCCCGACCCCGGCUCAGAAAUCUGUUAAGACUCGGUCUUGGUUAGCGUUUUGACUGUGACCAAACCCACUGAGUGCCACCUUCCAGAAAAUGAGGGCUACCAAGUACCCCUCGCAAAAUGUACCCCAGUUUGGCCACUGCCCCCUUCCCCUGUUUAAAAGGCAAAACUCGCGUUAUUUCAAUCUAGUCAACUUUGGGGGCAGAUAUAGCAUUUUUGAGUAUGUACCGCGAUUCCUAAAAAAAAAAGAUAAAACUGAAAAUGCUACGCCUUUACCAUAACAUCGAUCCCGACUGUUGUGCAGCAGGGGGCGUGCUAACCGUAGUUGGGAUCAGCCUGAUCAGUCAGGACAUAUGCUGCUGCUUGGACGGGAAAAAAGAAGGGUUAUAGGAUACAGAUUGGAGCAUGGAACCAUCUUCAAGAUAUUAAUGUUUAGAGAAAUUGUUCGGCUGUGAACUAUGCAGAAGAGAUUCAUUGUGUUUACAUUGGCAGAUUUUUUUUGUCCCUGAGUUUCUCAGUCUGUAACCGAGUAUACGACGGUAACCACUCUGGGUAUGUACGCUAUUGCCAACAUGGAUGGUAGCCUAAAAAUCUUUACACGUAUACCAUUCUUUAAAAACAUUAACAAAUCACUUCUAAACUCACUUUUUUCCUUUAUUUAUUGGUUAAUUAAUUUUCCAAGCGCCUCAAAGUGCAGUGAAAUGAGUAAUUAAUCCACGCGAGCCCUGUUUCCUGAAAUAAAAAGACAUAAACUGUACGAUCAUUUUAAGGUCGACCGUGCACUUGGCUAAGCCCGAGGGGGUAUGCUUACGCCGUCCCUGGAAGUAUUGUAUUGCAUCGCACGUGCAGCUGCACUGUGCAAGCUCACCCUCCAUGUGUUGAGCUCUCUCGACCUCCCCUCUUUGAAAAAUGCAGUGACCCUAUCCUUUAGCCCCUCCUGAUUGGUCAACGGGUUGCUUUUACCGUGUCUUUCUGGUAGUUAAAACAAUGCGAAUGAUCAUGGGGAGUUAGUCGUUAACGUGGCGAUAUUUUCGACUCUUGCCUGGUUAGUUUCGACACCGUCAUUUUGCCGGAAACGCUGCUUUUGUGUGGCAACGUCGGAAUCGUAAGAUUUAUAACACCGAUGGUCGGUCAGUUUGAGUUGAUCCGCAAGCAAUUAAGAGAUCAGAAUUAAGAAAAAAAUACGUCCGUUUUACCAUCUUUGCAAACGAUUUUGACUCGAAAUGACGAAGCAGCCCGAAUUAUCUCUGGACGCUGAUCAAAUGGAUGCCACAGUACUGACCCUGCUUGGGGAACAGAAUGACACCGGCCAUGACAACACCGAGCAAUCCAAGCCCAAGAAGCGAGGACGAAAACGCAAAGAGCCCGCUGACACCCAGACAGAAGCGGACCCCAAACCCGCCAAACGCGGCCGGGGCAGACCCAGCAACGCUUCGGCGGCCGCUGCAUCGGCCGCGGCCGCGUCGGCCGCCCGGGCCGCGGCCAAUUCUUCCCCGUCCUCCUCGUCCGGGUCCGAAGUCUGCAACGCCGCCCGCGAGCGUUCGCGUGUCAAGACGCUCCGUGACGCCUUCCUGGAUCUUCAGAGGUCCCUGCCCUCUGUCCCUCCGGACACCAAGCUGUCCAAGCUCGAUGUCCUGGUCUUGGCGACGACCUACAUCGCUCACCUCAUGAAGACCUUGGACGGGGAUGCCGAUGUGCCGGAGUUUGGCUCUUUAUUAAGAUCGGGGCGAGAGGCGAGAGGCAGCGGAAGCAAAGACGGGGGAGACACUGGGGCAAACUUGGACCACAAGCACCGACUCAAAGCCGACGGAUACCUCCACCCUGUCAAGAAAUGGCCGAUGAGGUCACGGCUGUACGCAGGUGCGUUGCUGGGCUGCGUUCCUAAUGGAUCAUGAUUCGGCUCCAACGAGUGCUUUCGGUGGAUAUGAUCUCCGAUGUUCUUUCAGUAGGAGAGCGAUGUGUCGAAGGAGCUGACUGAGAACUGAAAUGAUCAGCGAAAACGUCGUUUGAGCAUCCACCAGUGACAAGCUGUAACUUGUAAGACAACUUGAUACCAAAGAUGAAUGACUCCUAAACUUGUGUAGAAGAAAGCAGUCUGCUCGACAUUGGUCCGUAAAACCAGAUUAUUUGGGGGAAAUGAGGUGGUAUCAAAAACAAUGACUCCAAUUUAAAAAAUGGAAAAAUUUGUAUAGCAAAGUAUUCACGUAUUCGUACUUCCGACCUCCCAUUCUCCUUCAUAUGUGGUUGCCUGGCAACAGAUCUAGCAUCAUCAAACUUGAAAAGGACACUCACCCCUAUCGAUACUGGAUGGACUCGUGUAAAGUUAAUGGAUUUGUUGUAUAUAUAAUUUAUUUCAUGUAAAUGCAAGUUUCGUUCCCGCAGCAGAUGCUCCCGAGAAUCACUUAAUUGGAGAACGUUUUUAUUCCAAGAAAAAGAUAGGGAAAAAAUCUGUCAUUGUUUUUGUUAAUGAGUUCGUGUACAUUUGUUCAUGAAAGUUCACUCACUUUGAAAGCUUUUUCCAAAUGUUUCAAAAACGUACUCUUUUUUUACCAAGGGGAAAAAACUUUUACAGGUGAGCGUGUAGAGAGGGGGGAGAAAAGUGUAUAUAAAGAAAAUUCCAUAGUCGUCUUCUUUUCCCACCAAAGUUUAAAAUGAAAAAAUGCUCAAUUGUUCGCUUAAAACGUUCUUCAUAUUCGUCGCUACGCUAUUGUGAUAGUAUAUAGUAAUCAAUGGCAUUAAUCUGUUGUCUACCUAUUUCUUACAUAUUAUACUUAAUUUCGUAAAAGCCUUCGACUUUCUGGAAUUCUGUUGACGAUAAUAUUUCGUAGCAAGGAAGAGUGAUGUACAAUCGGGUGUAAACUGUGCUGGUUUGGGCAAAAUGAGGCACUGCGAGUACAGAUUGUGGUGCAGAGGAAACAAAGCCCAAACAGAAUAGGAUAUAAUUUUCUUAUUUUUAUCAGGUGUAUUCAUAUUUUGCACAAUGUUUGCUGAACAAACAAAAUAUUUGGAAGAAAGAGUGUGACAAUCGCGCUGGCAGCAAGUGUUUCAGGAGAAACAGUUGCCGCCUUCCAUUUUCGCGAAUGCAAAACUCAAAACACUCGAAAUCCCGUUUUGCACUGUUUUGACAUGCCAAUAAAUGGGACAUUACACUCCUUAGCUCUAAGCAAACAGAUUUGCAAGGAGAGUGCCAUCUCUUUUCCUAAUUCCAGCAAGCUAACACUCCGAUCUCGGCCUAGUUCACUCCACAAAAGUAGGCAUCAAUCAUGAGGCUUGAAAUCCCUCUUAAACCUUUUUUUUAAAGAUUAGCUGGAAAAAGGUUACACUGCAAAAACUGGGGUGUUAAUUAAAUUUAA